UCGAAAAACUGAACUAAACAAGCCAUUUCCACAUGCGUGAGGCUCUGCUGGAGAGCUCAGCCAACGCUGCCGAUAACACUUGUGACAGUGUGACAAUAGCUUUGAAUUGUGGUCAGUGUUUCUUCAAUAAUUUCACUGCGAUUCUCUUCCUUUGAUUAGAUUUAGUUUGGGGUGCGUCGCGCACUGUCGAGCAUUCGACAAGCAUGUCAGUGAAGCCGAGUGAGGAGCCAAGUUCGGAGGCGGGGUGGUUCGGGGACGAUUUCGAGAAGAUUGAUCGCUUUGGGAGCAACGCGGCCCAGUUCGACGACUUGGAUGUGCAGCGAAUGAAGGACUGGGAGGACGAGACAAGUGAGCAGAAACAGUUCUCGCACCAUCCCGAGAGCAACCGGCAACCGCUCCCUGUUGUCAUGGAAACUGCAUCUACAGACAAGUCAGACUCCGUGAAGAAGUCCAGUGACAUGGACGACCUCUACACCUCCCUCCUGUCCAAUCAGAACUACUCCUUCCAGCAGGACUCCUCCUCCUCCUCCUCCUACUUCUCGGGGAGCGGCGGCGGCGGUGGCGGGAAGACCUCCGGCGGCAGCGGCGGCGGAGGCCUGAUGGACGACCUGAUGUCCGGGCUGGACUCGCACGCCAUGUUCAGCUCCGACUCGGGCAUCGAGAUGACCCCCGGCGACCCGAGCGACUCGUCCCGCAAGAUCGCAGAGUCCGACCGCGGCGGCGGCGGCGGCGGCGGCAUCGGCGGCGGGAUCACGUCCGACUACAACUACAUGGACAUCAGCCGCCCGCAACAGCAGCAGAAGCAGCAGCAGCAGCAAAGCCCUCUGGACGAUGACGACGACGACGACGACGACGACUGGGGGAACAUGGGCAGCACCAUCAAGUCCAAGCCCAGCGACCUGCUCUCCGGCCUGGGAGGCCUGGGCGGGAUGGGAGCCAGUAGCGGUAGCGUUAGCACCGGAGGAAACAUAGCCGGGGGCUACAUGGAGAAGGGCGGCCCAGGGGCAGGGGCCGGUGCCCAGGGGGGCCCAGGGGUGGAGACCCUGGGGCCGGCGCUGGACGCCCAGUCCUUCCCGUACGUGGAGGAGCCGUCCGACGAGGAGCUGUCGGACUACCAGCCGUACCGCUCGCCGGGCGCCGGGAGCAGCGCCAGCCCCGUGAAGAUCACGCUGACGGAGACGCCGCCGCGCUCGCCCUCCCCGUCCAUGACGCCCGGAGGGCCCCCUGCUGUGUCGGAGAGGGACAGCAUCCUGAGCCUGGGCCUGGAGGGAGUGCCCACCGUCACCCUGUCUGAGCCAGAGGACGACAGUCCUGGAUCCACACCGCCCCUCACAGAGGAGUCGGACUCCCCUUCCGACCUCAAGUACAAGACGAGCGGCUCCAAGAGCUUCACCCCAGACAAGUCCCCGAGCCCCACCACGGCCAAGCCCAGCGGCCCCUCCUCCUCCGGCGCCGCCUUCCCGCGCUCCUCCCACGACGCCGAGGGCAGCAGCGGCGGCGAGUCCGGCGACUCGGAGAUCGAGCUGGUGUCCGAGGAGCCGGCGUCCGCCGCCGCCUCCGGCUACAUGAGCUUCAGCAAGCCCUCGUCCGCACCACCACCCCCCACCUCCGCCGCCGCGGCCGCUGCCCCGGCUCGUUCUGUGACCUCCGCCCCUGCCCCCUCCUCCGCCGCUACCCCUCCGCUCCUGCCCGCUGCCGGGCCGGGCCUCAACCAGUACAGCAUCCUGCGCGAGGAGCGCGAGGCCGAGCUGGACAGCGAGCUGGCGCUGGAGUCGUGCGGCGAGGAGAGCCCCAAGCGUGCCGGCCUCAAGGGCGCCCAGCAGCAGCAGCAGCAGCGUAAGCCCGACGCCACCCCGGCGAUGCCCGCCUUCGUCGCCGCCGUUCCCGCUGCCACCGUGACGCCCUCGCCUCCUCCGGUCGCCCCCGCGUUCGCCCCCUCCGCUCCCGCCGCCGCCAAGGCCCCCGCCGUCGAGGAGGUCAAGGCCAAGCCCAGCGUCCCGGCCCCCAGCACCCUCUCCUUCACCCCCAGCAGCAGCAGCAGCAGCAGCGGCCCCGAGCCCAAGCAGGAGAAGCCGGCGGCCGAGGAGAAGGGGAGGAGCCCUGGCCAGAGCAAAGGGCCCGACAGACAGGUGGCUCCGCCUCCACCCCUCCUCCAGGGCCUCACCAAGCAGAAGGCGAUGGAGCUGCUGUACUGGCGGGACCUGAAGCAGUCGGGGCUGCUGUUUGGCAGCGUGCUGCUGCUGCUCUUCAGCCUGACGCAGUUCAGCGUGGUCAGCGUGGGGGCCUACCUGGCCCUCGCCGCCCUCUCCGCCACCAUCAGCUUCCGCGUCUACAAGUCCGUGCUGCAGGCCGUGCAGAAGACAGACGAGGGACACCCCUUCAAGUCAUAUCUGGACAUGGAGAUCUCCCUGUCCCAGGACCAGAUGCAGAGGUAUGCUGAGAACGUGCAGUAUUACCUCAACAGCAUGCUGAAGGAGCUGCGUAGACUCUUCCUCGUACAGGACCUGGUGGAUUCACUAAAGUUUGCUGUUCUGAUGUGGCUGUUGACUUACGUGGGAGCCCUCUUCAACGGACUCACCCUGCUCAUUAUGGCUGUGGUGUCUAUGUUCUCCAUGCCUGUGGUCUAUGAGAAAUACCAGGCACAGAUUGACCAGUACCUUGGCCUAAUAAGGACUCAGGUCAACUCUGUAGUUGGGAAGAUUCAGGAGAAGAUCCCAGGGGCCAAGCGAAAGGCCGAGUAGGCUUCUAAAGCCACUGGAGAGGCCCGGUGCCCCCUGUCGCUCACGCCCUCCCCAUUCAGGAGAAGGCUGAACGACCGGAGAGCUCCCGUACACAAACAAACGCACGCUCACACAGACAGAUAUAUACACAAAACAUAUGCGCACACACACACACACACACACACACACACACACACACACACACCAGAGAAGUGCAUACCUACACUCAUACAUACAUGCGCAGAUAUAAACAACACACCAUGCACCACAUGGUCACUGGAACAUAGUCUUAUUUCGUGUGCACUGUGGUGUUUAGAAGCUGAAGCCACGCUGUAAAGGAGAAGUCCCCACCCCUGCUGUCCGUCAUAACGAUAGUGUCAAAACAGCGCCCUCUGUUGCUCAUGUCAAGCACUAAGAUCUAGUCAGAAAAAAAAAAUACUUAAAAAAAAAACAUUAACAAUGUUAAACCAUGUAAAAUGAAAUUUAAAAAAAAAACAGAACUAGAUGUGUUUUUUUUUUGUGUCGCUUUAUUAAGUGCAUGAAGUCAAGAGUCUGAACAAAAGAAAAAAAUACCUUUCCUUUCUGUUCUUUUUUCAUCCUUUCCCUCCUUUCUUCCGCUCCUGUCCCAGCUGUGCUGAAGGCGUUUCUUAGUAGUGUGUGAAGGAUCUCUCCAGCUUUAGUGCUCUCCUGUGAUAGUCUCUUCUUCUUCAAAGAAAAAAAUAAAUAAACAACAAAAAAAAAAACUAAAGAAAUCAUGAAAUUGAAAAAAGCUUAUUGUUGCCGGGGCAACGGGUGGGGCUUCUCUUCUAUCGAUAUACCUGUAAACAUAUGAAUACACAGCUUGACUCUUGGACCUUUUUUUUUUCUUUCGUUGUGUUGUCUGGCACAAAAAAAGCGACUAUAUAUAGCAAUGUUUGGAUUAGGUAUGGUAAACUCGUAUAGCGUUUGUUCUUUUGUAUAACUCUUUAAGAAACUACACCGACUCAUGUUUUUAGGUACCGUCAUCAAAUACCACUUCUUUUAAAAAAACAAAACUGCGAGAAAGAGAGACGGGAGGAAGCUCUAGCGAGUGACGGCCAGCUUGUUGAACCUGUCCAACUUUGUACUCUGUUUCAGUGUAGUUCUUUAUUUUUUCUUUGUUUUUUCUUCUUAGCCAUGGACUCUUAACUAUUUGCACUUAAGAUGUAACCAUUAAUGAAUGCGAAAAUAAAUGUUCUUAAAUGUA